AUGCUUGUAGUCAAGAAUAAUAUCUAUCAUGCCAUCUAUCAAAAUUUUUCUAGACUUCUAUCUACGCAUAGUUUCAAGCAGACUCUUUCUUUCUUGCUCUCCGGAUUUGUAAUAUUUAUUUCACAAUUUAACAAUUAUCUAUCUAUCUAUCUAUCUAUCUAUCUAUCUAUCUAUCUAUCUAGUUUCAUUCAUUAUCUAUCUAGGUGUCUAUUCGCUUUCUAUCUAUCUAUCUAUCUAUCUAUCUAUCUAUCUAUCUAUCUCUUUUCCCUAUCUUAUUCUGUUAGCCUAUCCAUCUUUUUCUGUGAACUAUCUCAUUCUACUUAUCUAUCUAUCUAUCUAUCUAUCUAUCUAUCUAUCUAUCUAUCUCCGUUCAAUAUCUCGGUUUUUCAUCUAUCUAUCUAUCUAUCUAUCUAUCUAUCUAUCUAUCUAUCCAAAAAAAACAAAAAUAGUCAGAUUAACAAUAAAGUUCUUUAG